CUAUUUCUCUUCCGCGUCGCGUCUUGUGAACUGCCGACUCGGGCGACACGCCCAAGUAAAACUUCUACGUUCGCCAUUCUUCCGCCUGAUCAUACCCUUGCGAUCCACCGCCAAAUGACCAAGACCUUCGAACUAUAGCGCGAGGCUGCCGAUUGUGGAUCCUGGAAGAGAGCGAGGGAUAUCUCCUAGCGAAACGGCGAUGGCGGCGUCGGCUGUGAACGUGAUGCUCGCGGUGCACGAGAAGAAGACCACAGCUGUUGACCUCUACCGCCCUCUCCGGCAGUACAUCGCCACCAAUUUCUCCGAGCGCGAAGCUCAGAUGGCGGAGGAUGAUCUCGACUCCGUCCGCCAGAUGCGAUCCGAAGUUGAGAAACCUACCAAUCCCUCGCCCGAAUCCCGUCGUGACCUUCUCCUGUCCUACUAUCGAGCCAUCGCCCUCAUCGAACCCCGCUUCCCUAUCUCCGCCGACCGAUCCCAUGUCAACUCCCUUAACUUCACUUGGUACGACGCCUUUAAGCCCUCCAAGAAGGCUUCCCUCCAGAGCAUCCACCUCGAGAAAUCAGCCAUUCUGUUCAACAUCGGUGCAGCUUACAGCCAAAUCGCGCUGUCGGCCGAUCGAACCUCACCAGCGGGGCUCAAGCAGGCGUGCAAUGGCUUCCAGAGCGCGGCGGGGGCGUUUUCGAUGCUCCGUGAGGCCGUUGCACCCAAGCUAGCUGCUCUCGGCGGCGCCACUAUUGAUCUAUCGGUCGAGUGCGCGGGAAUGCUUGAGCGGCUCAUGCUCGCGCAGGCCCAGGAGUGCUUUUUUGAGAAGGUUAUUGCAGACGCCAAGCCGCAUGGCAUCUGUUCCAAGGUCGCACGGCAGGUUGGCCUAUUCUAUGAGGAAGCUUAUGCAACACUGAAUGCAGCUCCACUUAACCAGCAUUUUGACAGAACCUGGAUCUCUCAUAUUCAGUUGAAGGCAGCUCAGUUCUAUGCAGAGGCAUGCUAUAGAUGUUCUUUAGAACUCCAUGGGAAAGAAGAGAUUGCAGAGGAAAUAGCAAGGCUUAAGAUUGGGAUUAACGCUCUAACAGAUGCCAAGAAAUCUGUCAAAGGUAUUGCUGCACCUCUUCUUGAUGCAGUUUCCAGAUUGGAGGGCUAUAUGAACCAGAACUUGGAACGGGCAAUUAAGGAGAAUGAUAGGGUGUAUCUCAUGCGUGUUCCGCCAGCAAGUUCCUUAAUUUCUCUGCCUGCUGCUUCUCUUGUCAAACCUGUGCUUAUGAAUGAAGUCUUAGAUGCUAGCAAGGAAAGGUUGUUUUCAAACCUUAUCCCCGAUAAUAGUACGAAGUCCUUGUCUAGGUAUACAGAGAUGGUUGAUGAUAUUAUUCGAACUCAAGCUGAAAAAUUGCAGCAGGGGAGUGAGAUCACAAGGGUCAAGUUAAAGGAGAUGGACCUUCCUGAUUCCAUUUUAGCACUGGAUGGCAGUUUUAGUUUGCCAAUGGAUCUUAAGGAAGAUGUUGAAGCUGUGCAGAUUAGUGGUGGCCCAGCAGGCUUAGAAGCGGAGUUGCAACAACUCACGGAUUUGAGAAGGGUCAAUCAGGAAUUGUUGGUUCAGACUGAAGAGCUAUUGCAAAAAGAAGCAAAUGAAGACACUCAAUUCCGCACCCAGUUUGGAACAAAGUGGACUAGACCUCAGUCUAGCACCCUUACAAAGAACCUUCUCGAUAGGCUGAAUAGAUUUGCUGCAAACCUUAAGCAAGCUGCUGAAAGCGAUGCUAGGAUUGAGCGAUCUAUCAGAGAUCAUUCUACUUUCAUGUCAAUCCUAGAUCGUAGACCAGUAAGACAAUCACCUUUUGCACCCAUAGAAGCUGGAGAUCUUGGCGCGCAAAGGGCAGGCUUGGAAGAUAUGCUUAAAGAAAUGAAAAGAAAGGAUGAUAUACUGCCAAAAUUGUUGGCUACCAGUGGAUCACAUGAAGAUCUCUUCAAGAAAGAAAUAGCGAAGUAUGAUUCAAUCCGUGAAGAAAUUACCCACAAUAUUGAGGCACAAGAGCAGCUGUUGCUUCAAAUUCAGGCACAAAAUGAAGAGUUCGCUGCUAUUUUUAAUCUAGAAGACUAUAAAGUUGCUCGGGACAAAUGUUACAAACAAAUUGCUGCUGCAAUAGCAAAAUAUCGAGAAAUCAAAGACAACAUCAACGAGGGAAUGAAGUUUUAUGUUACUCUUCAGGAUGCAAUAAACAAUGUAAAGCAGCAGUGCAGCGACUUUGUGAUGACCAGAAACAUACAGUGCCGUGAAAUGCUCGAGGAUGUGCAGAGACAAAUGGCUGGGCUAAACUUUGCUUCAGGUCAGUCGAAUCUUCCCAGAACCACCUCCCAUCCAUCAUCGGAUCCACAACCGGCGCCACGGCCCUCCUCCUUCACUCUACCAUUUUUCCACCGGCCCAGCGAGCACGCAAGGCCUGGAUUCUCUCAGCCAUAUACAAAUUACUCGCAGCAGCCACCGCCACCGCCACCGCCAUCGCCUUACCAAGCUCCAGGUCAAUACCAGCAGUACACCAAUCAACCCCCUCCCCCUAGCCAUGACUACAGCCAGCCAGCUUACCCAGGUUGGCGCGGUCCAUAUUAUAACACGCAAAUGCAGCAGCCGGCGACCGGACAUCCGCCACCGUCGCCGUACAAUAUACCCCCACAAAAUUAUCCUCAGGGUGGUUAUUACCGCCCCCAGUAGAGCAUCACUCUCAAGGCUUGCAUGAUCAACUGUGGCUGGUAUUUGUUGCAUAUAUUUAAACAUCAUUUACUUUGGUUCUGUGUGAUUUAUCUUUUGUUGCCUAAAUAAUGUAAGAGAUCUGUAAAUAAAUUUGCUAUAGCAUGUUUCUCUUAUUAUAAAGAUUGAUAUAUUACUUAAA